AGUCCCUUUCUCUCGUCGCUCCCUGCCGCGCCCCUCACCCUUUUCCUUCCCUUCCCCGCGCUGCGAGGCCGACUGGGGCGGCGCGGGAAGCGCCGGGCCUCGUAGCCGUGGGCAGCCCCGCCCGUUCCCCUCUCCCCUCUGCGUCCCCCCGGGCGGGGCUGACCGGAGCCUGUGCGCGCAGGGGAGCCCGGCGGGGGACGGCAUGGACUCGGCGGAGGCCGGAGGAGAAGGAGGGGAGCCAGCGGCCCGGCUCCCGCAGGAAGAUGCGGAGGCGGAGAGCGGCGGCCUGGACCCCGAGCUGCAGCAGGGGUACCGCAUCCUGCGGGAGUUCCUCCAGGAGAAGAACCGGCCGCUGACGGCGCCCUUCAUGAAGCCGCCACCGGGCUCCUUCCCGGGGCGUCACGGCAGCCGCUCCUCCCGACAGCCGUCGGCGGGGAUGUGGCUGCUGAGGAUGGAAGAGAAGUUUUCCAGCGGGGAGUACACGGGGAUAGCGGAUUUCGUGGGUGACUUCCGCCUGAUGCUGGAGACUUGUUACCGGUUGCACGGUGUGGAUCAUUGGCUCUCCAAGCAGGCCCAGAAGCUGGAGAUGAUGCUGGAGCAGAAGCUGGCACUGCUGUCACGGCAAUUAAGAGAGAAAACAUCAAUAGCUGUAACGUCUAGAGGAUGCUGUGGGCUGGAAGAUGAGAAAGGAACAGCUUGCAUUUCAACAAGACGACGUUCUACACCUCGCAAUUUAGUAGGCUUGUCAACGGGCGUGUUUGAGUCUGUGAUGGUUCAGGUUCUAAGACAAGAGGAACAGAUGAGAGCAAAAGAGGAAAAGAGGCUGAGAGAGCAAGAAAGAAAAGAAGCAGAAGAAGCUAGUCAGAAAGAAAUAGAAGAAUGGGAAAAGUCACUUUUAGCUCAAGCAGCGCCUACGAGGAUGGAGACAAUGUGGGAGAUUCCAGCUAUUGGUCACUUUCUUUGUUUAGCACAGCAGAUUUUAAAUUUACCAGAAAUAGUAUUCUAUGAAUUGGAGCGUUGCCUUCUGAUGCCUCAGUGUAAUGCAUUUUUAUCUAAGAUAAUGACUUCUUUGUUAAGUCCUCCUCAUCGCAGAUCUACAUUACAUCGCAGGCCUACGCUUUCUUACAGAACGUGGGAAGCAGCACUUAGACAGAAAGUACGGCACUGGUAUACCAUUGUAGGGCAAACUGACAAUCCUAAUGGUGCUGCAGAAAAAAUUGGAUUGUGUCCUCAGUUUUUCAAAGUCCUUGGAGAAGUUAAUCCCUUGGAGGAAAAAUCAUUUCAUGAGCUACCUUUUUACCAAAAAGUGUGGCUGCUAAAAGGUCUCUGCGAUUUUGUGUAUGAAACACAAAAGGAUGUUCAGGAUGCCGUGCUGGGUCAGCCUAUCCAUGAAUGCAGAGAAGUAAUUCUUGGCUAUGACUACUUGGAGAAUGCUUAUGUUCAUUUUCCACAGUUCUGCGGUGCAGAUGUUCGGAUUUACAAACAAAAACCUUUUCAGGCUCCUGAAUUCCCUUCUCCUCCCAUCAAAGUGAAGAAAGUGCCACGAGUUAAAUUGGAGAAAGUAAAACAUGAAUAUGUAAGCAAAAACAAUGGGGAGGUCAGUUCUGGUGAUAGAGAAGAGCUGCUGCGUCAUUCCAAGACAGAAAUAGAGAAAAAUAUGGACUCUGUUAUAUGUCCAGAAAAAAAACCACGUUUAGAUAGCUUUAGAGUCACUAUAGAGGAGGUUAAGACCUCAGGAGUCUGUAACAUCAAAAAACCGAGUUGCUAUAAAGAGAACUUGAGGAAUUUUAUUGGUGCAGGAGAGAUUGUUAUGGGUGGUCACCCUAGUUCAGGAGACAUAAGGACUCUGGAGAAUGGACAGGGCUGUGCUGAAAUGGCCAGAGUAAAAGCUGAGAUCAGUCCAUUCAAGGAGAACACACUGAAAGCUUGCCAAAUGUGUGUCAAUGGCAAUAGUGACAACCAAGACAUAAAUUACCACGAGUCUGCUAAAGAAACAGUGCUAGAGAACUCACUGCGAAAUAAUAGACUAAAUAAGUUGCGGGCAAAAAAGAAGAAAAAGAAAAAGAAGAAAUUGAAGGAUAUUCUAAAUGAAAAUCUACAGAAGAAACUUGAUGACCUGCAAAGAAAGCGUGAGAUUCACCUUCAUCCAUUCAAAUCUUAUAAAUCUGAGAUCCAGAACAAGUUGUUUAUAAUUAAAAAGAAAGCAAAACACAAGAAGCACAAGUCUGGGAAAAAAUCGAUAUCUAAAAAAGCAAUCACAAAGAAGAGGAAAGGUGUCCCAAAGUCUACCAUACCAGAAUUUCAGCUGAUUUGCACUAAUCUUGAUGAACUCAGGGAAUUAAUCACAAAGAUUGAGAAUGAACUGAGAGAUCUGGAGGACAUUAAAAAGAAAUCGGGAAGAUGGUACCACAGGAAGCAAGCAGUAAAGGAAUUGCAUGGUACGUUGAUACGACUGCUAAAUGAACUUUUACCAUGGGAACCAAAGCUAAUAAAAGCAUUUCAAAGAAACAGGUCUAGAUUGAAGAAGGACUAUGAUGAGUUUAAAAGACACCCAGACCAUGAUCAAUUUACCAGAGAACUGUGGAGUAAUGAGGAAAGUGAAGUUGAUUCUGGCAAAGAUUCUUUUGCAAUAGUGUGCAGUAAAUCUUCAGAGUCUGCAGAAGAUGUGGAAGUUCCCAGAAAAGAUCAACCAGACAGUGAUGAAAUGAAACUACUAGAGAUGAGUAUACCUGCAGGAAAAAACAGAAUUCUGAAAAAAGAAUCAACUUCUAGAGAAAUACAGAAGACGCUGCACAAAUGUGUUAAACGACAGUCCAAGCAAAAUAGUUGUCCAGAUCAAAGCACUACUGAGCUUUCACCAAGGAAGAAGGCUAAGCUGAGCACUAGUGAGGCUGUUGAUGAGACUUCAGAAAGUAGCAUGCAGCCAGAGUGUUGUGUUACUGAGCUGAAACAAUUUGAAGGGUCAACUCUAGAAUCCUUUUCCUUGACAGAUCCUGCAACAUCAGUAUCAAACUUUCUGAAAGGGACCAAACCCAUCCAGGCCUUGCUUGCCAAGAACACUGGGAACAAAGUGACCUUAACAAAUCAACUGUCACCUCCCCCAGGCAUAAAUGUAUCUACUUCUGAAAAGUCAGUUUUAUCACCUUUGGAAUCAUCACUGAUAAAAGCAGCAUUGCCCUGCCAGACCAGUUCAAAGACUCCUUUACACAUGGUGUACAAAAUGCCAAGCAGCCACUGCGUACCAGUAGACCUUCACAACAGCUCUGUGAAGAUACAAAUGCAGUCUGUGAUUGACCCUAAAACUGGAGAAAAAGUCAUGCAACAAGUUCUUAUUUUACCGAAGAAUUUUUUUAUUCAGCAGAAGGAAGGAAAAAUUGUGUCCAAAGACAUUCAGUCACUGCAACAAAAGUCAUCUGAGCCACACUGUACAACUUUACCAGAAAUAUCAAAUGUCAGUGUUUCUUUAACACCUUUUCUGGUAACAAGCCCUGCAAAUGCUACCACUCAGUCGCCUAGUACAAUUUUUAACAAGAAUAUUACCCACUUUUCACAAGUGACUGGUCCCGUGAACACUACGCAACCACUGCCUGCUGUUAUGUCAAUUGGUAAUUUAUCAUCAGCAGUUAAUGUGAGCCAAAUUGAAACUGACAAAAUCAAGACUACAGUUUCAACUGCCACCUUCCCUGUGUGUUUGACUUCAGCUGCUCUUUCCACACCUAGCCAGUCUUUGAUACCAGCAACAACAUUAAAUGGGUCUACAAACACUGCUUCUACAUGUUAUAGUCUUGCAUCGCAACAGAUGACUGACUCCUUUGAAACCAGGCAAGAACUGAAGACAGUGUGUAUAAGAGAAUCACAAUCUAUUUUGGUAACAACACGAGGUGGAAACACAGGAAUUGUUAAAGUGCGAACAAAUCCAGACCAGAUUUCACCUAAUAGUUUGUCUUCUGGUUCAGUUUUCACUUACACACCUCAGCUUCAGGCUUUUCUUGUGCCAAAAACCACAGCAUUCUCAUGCUCUACUCUUCCAUGUGUAGUAACAGCCGUGUCUGAUCUCUCACAUACUGGACAAUCAUCUCUUUCUGGAUUUGCUCCCUCAACAGCUGCUUCUGUUAACAUUCCAGCUUUCCCAGCUGAUUUUACCCAGGCGAUGGAGAAAACUACCAAAUUCACUAUACAUCAGCCUGCUGUUGGGGGCACUUUGGGUCAAGUAAUAGAGAACUCCUGCUAUGUGUCUUCUUUAUCCUCCUUUUCAUUAGCUAGCAAUGUGAUGUCAGCAACUUCAGACAGCCCUGUUAAGCUGUCUAGCAGUCAACAAAAUAACACUGUUGGAACUACAGAUUCUUCUGUGAAGCAACAAGGGGAUACCAAGACUAAAACAAAUCCUGUUAUACAAUCUGAGUCUAAUUCAGCAACAAAUGGAGAUGUAAUUAGUGGUACUCCAGUCCAUAAACUUAUAGUCACAAAUCCACCUAUUUUAUCACCCUGUGGGGCAUCAGGAGUCAGUAUUAUACCUUCUCUGGCAUCCACUGGUGUUAAUGCUCAGAAGUUUGUUUUCAUUAACACACAACUUGCCAGUGGCCCAUCAACCACCAAUCUAGUUGCAGAGUCAUUGAAACAUAACCUGCCUUCUUCCCUAAGCAAAGCCUUUGUUAGUGCCACAGAGCAACCACAGUUUGUUCUGAUCCCAUCUCCAGUGGGAGCACCGAUUAGAACAAAUCCAUCACCAACUAUUGCUCAGGUAAAAGAUGUGAAAAUUGGACUAAAUAUAGGUCAAACCAUUGUUAAUACUAAAGGCAUUGCACAACAGGCUGCACCAGUUAAUAUACUGCACUCUGCCAUUUCGAAGGGAGAAGACAAAAAGGGUAUGGGCUUGGCGCUAACUUCAAGUAGUAGUACUUUGGUUCCUGUUCCAAGUUUUGUGAGCCAGAGUGCUGUGUCACUUAAUGAGUCGUUAUGUCUUGCAACAAAUGCUGAAAAUGCCUCUACAGUAGCAACAACAAAUACAUGUGUAGAACCUGCUUCAGUAACGUCAAAUGGCACUUCUGGAACACGGCCUGCUGUCUUGAUUAGUGGUAAUGAUUCCUCAAGAAUAAGGCCAGUUGUGGGUAAUCGACUGUGUACAUCAAAUAUGGGAAAUACUAUAGGUAUAUCAACUGUGAAAACGGGACAUCUUGCUUCAUCUGUGCUGAUUUCAACACCACAACCAACAGUAUCUCCUGAAAACUUAGCAUCUGCUUUACAAUGUCCAGUCAUUAGCUUGCCUGGAUCUGUAGCCACGCCCCAGAAAGUGUUACAUACAGUUUCUCACUUGGCAGCAGUCCCGACUCCUUCUCCAGUACCGAAAAGCCAACUGCCCAUGCUGCUUCAGUUUCAGUCACCAGGAGUUUCAGCUGCUGUGUCAAGUAAUGCAGGUAUUCACAAAUCUCAGAGUUUGCUGCACCCACUGUCACCAAAUACAGGUAAAGUCAUUAGUUUUUCUUCCCUACAGUGUCAGCAGGUGCCUCCCAGUACAGAGAAACUAAGUCACUCUUACACUUGCUCUUCUAUGGUUCAGAUGUCUGCAGCUUCACCAACUGUAACAAGCAAGGCAGGACAGUUGAAUGAACCUUGUAUUCAACAGAAGAUAGUCAUUAACACCUGUAUGCCUUUGGCACCUGGAACUCAGAUAAUGAUUAAUGGUACUUGUUUUGUUGUUCCACCGCAAGGCCUUGGAGCUGGCAGCCACGUUCUUCUUCUGUCUUGUAAUACAAAACAGACUCCUCCUUUAACAAUUAACCAUGGUCAGGAGGCUCAAAGUGUACCAAUUGUUGAUCGAAUAACUUCAAAAAUCCUGCUAGCACCAAGUAAUUCAUUAAGUUGGCAGAUAUCAAAACAUCCUUCGAAAAGCUCUACAAAAAUUGUUAAUUCUUUUGGUUCUGCAGAUACUUUACCCAUCGUACAUGCAACACCCCACAUAUUUAGUACUGCAGCUAGCUCAUGUACCCCACUCUCUGCAGCGUCAUUGUCUGUGUCUUCAGUGAUAAAAUCUCCUGUUAAUGUUGUAGCUACAUCUUCUGUGGUUUCUGCUGUUCAUCCUCUGAACUCUCAUUUACCAAGCAACACUUCAAUGUUUCACUUAGACACUUCUAUCAAAAAACUGUUGGUCAGUCCAGAGGGAGCCAUUUUGAAUGCUAUAAAUACUCCAGCAUCAAAAGUUUCUUCUCAGUGUACAUCACUGCCUUUGGUUGUGUCCACAAGCGGAAACGUCUUCCCUGCACCUCAAUCAUCUUGCCUUGAUAAACCUGACAAAGCUGCAUCCUGAAUUUACUGCAAAUGAGCCACUUGAAAUGUUGGGGCAUUCUUCUGACUUUGGGAGUUGUAACUGUUGAAUAACUUCUUACGUUGUUUGAAACAGUUGAUUAACUCAAAAUUACUUAAGGUUACAGUUCUCUGUUAACCUAUGGGGAUUUAGAUUAAAAAUUUAUUUAGUUUGUCAGAUGUUUUCAGAGAGUUCUUUAGUAAAAAGGUCAGAAAUGACCAGUGAGUUCGUUAAACAUUUUAGUUUGGAGAAAUCUAGCCUUUUGCACAUGUUCAAUCUUACAGUAUGGACUGCUUGCCAAUGUGUUUAUGACAGUAUGUAUCUUCUUUUUAUUUGUCAAAUUUUUUUGAUUUCUGUACAAAUAAUAUUUAUGCAUUGUAAAAAUGCAGUCUGUGGUAUAGAACUGUACAUAUUCAUUAACUCCUAACAAUCUGUACUAAGCUAUAUGUACAAAGAACUAUGCCAUCUUAUUUAUGUUUUGUUUACAUAAUGUAUAGUUUUUUAAGUAUUUUAGUAACUUUGGACCAGUGUACUGUUCAGCAACAAUGCAGAAAAAUCUGGAUAUAAUAAAUGAAGUUACUGUACUACUUUGUGUUGGCAGUAGUUUUAAAAUGUGUAUACCUCCUACAACUUGGCAGAAUGCAUACUCCUAUUUAAUGCAGAUACACCUCAGAUUUGCAGUAUAGUAGAAUGAAAUUACUUCCAUCUCUUCUGCUUUUCUUUGUGUUUUACAUUUCACACUAUUUGGUAGGAGUUGGAAGGAGGGGCCGUCUUGUUGAUCCUCCCGGCACACAGAGGGGUAGCCCAUAUUUAAUCUAUUCUUAAUGAAAGUUUCCUUAUAUUGCCUAAGAUCGCCCCUGAUGUGGUAAGGUUAGAAAUGGUUUCCCAGGCACCAAUUUUAUAUCAGACUGGUUGCUGUUCAGAACUACUGUGUUUUGUUGUAAAGCUCAUAGAGCUGUUGAACAGUUUAUUCUUUUUUUUUUUUACAGCCAGGUAUACAUUCCCACAUAUCUGGUAGCUGAAAGGAGGUCACUGUUUAAUCUUCUGUCUACCCUUAAUUAGCUACCCUGUUUUUUUACCAGUCAUGCUGCCUAGAUUUUUAAUUUUUUUUCUUUAGCUUUUAAUUGAUCUUUCUGGAAGGAUAGUGUUAGAAAGCACAUGAUAUUAAAGGAGGCCUAAUUAGUGCUUUGAGUGGGAAUAACUCACAUCUUGAAUAACCUUACCUUUUUAAAGUGUAUUCAAUAUUUGUUGGUUUAAGUUGAGAUUUUGGUCUGUAAAACCCGUGGUUUAUUUUCUGCAGAUCAGCUGAGUUCAUAGGUGCCUACUGCAGUCUUCGUAGAAAUAAAGAAGUUUUUUGGUAUCUUUUCAGACUUAGUAUAUAAAGGGUGCCCAUCUAGCAGCUCCUAUUUUGUGGAAUAUGAUGAUUUUAGAAGUGCUGCUUUAAAAUCUGAAUUCAUAGAAGAUUUCAGAAGAACUCAUGAAUGUUAUUUGCCUUUUUAAAUACCUAUAACUUCAUAGGGGGAUAAAAGCUUACAUAUCUGUACUUAGAAACAUUCUUAAACUGAUUUUUAACGAGAGGAAGCUUAAGUUUUUGUUCCUCGUCCUGUUGAGUUUUCUUCUUCCACUGCCCAUUUGCUGUACGCAGUUUGGCGGUUUGAAUCUUGGGUUGAAGAAUAAAGCCACAGCUUAUGUACUGUCUGUUGCCUGCCCUUCGUAUUGUUCUGAAAAGUAAUCUGGUAACUAGUUAAGUAAAGUCCUCGGAAAAGUAAGGGGAAGAAAAGCUUGUGCUUUCCAUAGUUCCCUUUCUGUACUAAAUAAAAAAAAUUGAAUUAGGAAAUUGCCUUUUUCUAGAUCAGCAAUCUCCAACUUAUCUCAAGGCUGGGAAAGGUGAAAGCUCUCAGUUUGGGGGUGAGAGAAGGUUUGGUUUUAAUUUAGAAAAAUGUACCUGCUAUACUUUUCCUACUUCUCAUUAAAGGUUUUGUACAAUGAAUUUUGAAGACACCUAUUAGUAAGUAGCAUCUGCCUACAAGAGCUUACAACAUGAGGGCUUUUUAAAUUUGACUGCAUUUUGCAGUGGGAUGCUGUAGAUUACUUUUCCAACAGAGGAAGAUGGCAGAGUGGCAUUUUCUUCACAGAUGUUUUACAUACUCCAAAACCAUAUAUAGCAGCAACACAUUUCAUUUCCAUUUUGCUUGGGGAACCUUGGGACUGACUUUCUUGUAUUUUUCUCUUCUUGAACAAUGACUGUUUUUCCUUUUAUUUAUGUAUGUUGUAGAGUGAACAUCUACAUUGUUUGGAAAGCUUAAGACAAGGUUCCACUAUUGCAGGUGGCCUGGAUGGAGAAAAAAAGUCUUGUAUGACAUUUUUCUGUGUACUAAUGUAGCAGAAAGAUUUAUACUACAAUUCAUUCUAAUAAAGAGAAAAGUUAGAAAAGCUUGAUUGAGGAACUCAGAACUCAAGCUGCUGCCUGAAUGAUUUUUUGGAAAGUGUCUGUAUUAGUAAAAUAAUAUUUAAUUAUUGUAUUAUAAAUAUUUUACAAUUUGACAGGCAUAAGUUUGCAACAGGCAAAGUUUGAUUCAAUUUUAUUGCAGUUUUCAGGGACAUUUGCUCUCUACUGGACACAUGUUCGGAUUCCAUAUCCUAUCAGAGAAAGGCUUGAGACUGCUAUGUAAUGGGUUUGCAUGAUCCAUUAAUUUGUAAAAACAAAUUUUAGUCGUUAAAUGUCAGAGUAAGGCUUUCAUUCGAACAAAAGCAAAUGGCCAUUGACACUUCACUACGUGUCUUUUUUUUCUCUGUACUAAAUAUACUGUGCUACCUAUAGCACAAAAAGAACUGGGAAAAAAGUAGAUUGUAUUCACAGACACAAUGAAAGAGUAGAAGUACCUGCAUCUUUCCUUGAAGGAAAAGGCAUUUAAUUACACAAUUGAAUAAAUACAUGCAUAAAUCAAUCUUUGAAGAAAACAUGUUCAGCUUUUCAGAGUUUGCAAAAUGUCUUGCUUUUAGACCUCUUCAGAUAUUAUAUAGAUAUUCAAACACUAUAUUAUAUACAAAACUUUGGGUUUAUGAAUGACUUUCAAUGUUUUGGAUUGAUAUGUUUAAUCAUUACCUAAAUGGACAUAUUCUGCAAAACAAUUUUACUUUUUUGAGUAGCAAAUUAUAUUCAUUUUGCCUCACUGUUCAAACCCAUGUGUGCGUGUUCUUCUGUUUUCUUCUAGGGGUUGUGUCUCUACCAUACUAGAAGCUGUUAAAUUUCACAGAUAUUACGAGUCAUACCUGUUCAAACAAAAGGAGUUACUGUUGAGUCAUUUAAGCCCAUUCUUAUUUCAAUGUGUGACAUAGCAGAGUGUGAAAAGUGAAGCAAAAAAAUCCCCUGAUGAUAAGUAAGUGCACAGAAAUUAUUUGUCUCAUGUAAGUAGGUCAGAAAAUUACCGAAAGCUGGCAUUUGACAGGAGUCCAUAGUCUCAUCACAGAGUUUGUUUCAUAGCUGGCUUUGUGGUAGUGCAGAAUUUUAGUAGCCCAGAUUGAUUUUAAAGUAAAUAAAUCAUUUUUAUUACAGCAUAGAUGUUUGUUAAGAUGAGGUUGUUUCUUUUAGAAGAACAGUGGGUGGUGCCCACUAUGGCUUAAAUUCAUCUCGCCUGUCCCCUGUAAUCUGCAUCUGCAGUGACUUGACUGACUCAAAAUAAGAUUAGUAGUGCUUUAUCAGACCAAAGGUCCAUCUAUUGUAACGUCAUGUCUCUUGGAGCAGUCAACAGCAGCAGUCCAAAGUCAGUCUGAACAAGCCUGAAUACUGUCUAGUAUCCACUAAUCUGUGACGGAGAGUCUUCCUCAUAGAGCUGUGGGGUUUGGUUUUUUUUUUUCAUGUCAAUAGCCCUCAAUGUAUUUGUCUUUAUGAAAUUGACCAAUCCUUCCUAGAAUUCUUGAACACACAUAAACUGUUACCAUCCACGAGGUCUUGUGGUGAAGAGCUUUUCAUGCACUGUGUAAAUAAAUCUCUUUGUUUCUGAACUGGCACUGACUAGUUUCGUUUGAUGCUAAUAAUAUCUGUAUUGUAAAAUAAAUAAGCCUUUGCUCUUUAUUCAUUUUCCCAUGUGGCCGAUGUAGACCUUUGCCAUGUUGAUUGUCUUUUAGGAUAGAGAGACAUAGUUAUCAAUUAUUUCUUCCAUGGAAGAAAUCAAUUACUGUCAUUGCUUUGUGUAUCUUUAUCAGCUUUACUAUGUUCAUAGAAUCAUAGAAUCACUAGGUUGGAAAAGACCUCUUGAAAAGGCCUCUUUACAUCAUCAAGUCCAACCAUUCCUUGAAAUAUGGGAUCAGAACAGUGCAUGUUCUAAAAGCACUACAAAUCUGUUCAGCAGUGUGGUGAUGAUUUGUUUCUCAUAAUUAUUUUGAAUUUUUGGGGUGGAUUUAUGACAAUUAUUUAGCCUUGUACUAGCUUUUUCAUAGAAAUAUCAGUUGUAAACCAAAUAUACAACAGUGUCAAAACAAAUUCAAUUCAUCCUGUAAGGCUAUACCAUUUGCAGAAUGUCAUGGCUGUAAAGACACGAUCUUUAAACCAGAUCACUGAAACGGUGCAAGUGUGGCACUUUCCUCUCUCUGUACAGCUCCGGCUUUUUUUGGUUUACCUGUCCUGAAAAUUUAGAAGGAAAAACUAUUGUAAUUAUUUUGAACAGGAUUAUUUUCUCACAUAGAAUACAAGUUUAAGUCUGUAUAUGAGGUGUAAGAUCAUUUUAUACACAUUGGCAUCCAAAUAGAAGUUUCUGAGUUGUUAAAGAGGCCAUUCUUGCAAAUGUGACACAGAUUAUGUUCUAUUUUAAAUAUUUUCCUUGAAACUACAGUGGCAUGCAACUGACUUUAAGAUCUUCAUAAACAUGUCUUCUUUUCUCAAAAUACUGCAUUUGCUGAUCAAUAUUUAUACCUAGAUGUCUCGCAGAAACUUGGAAAACGGGAUACUUUGUUGUUUCAUAUAUG